AUGGGUAUUUUCGCCGCCGAGCCAGGCACCAAGAACCCCGACCGUUGGUCCUCCGCCGUCAACGAGCAGGCCAUGGCGACGAAGCGCCAGACGAAAGAAUUUGUCGAGGCGAAUGUGGAGAGAGCGCGUGCGCGCAACUCGAGGUCGAAAGACCUCGAUACUACCAUGAACGAUCUGGCGCUCUCUGCUGAGCAGAAAGAGAGGCAGGCAUCGGCGUUACGGAAGAGCGAGAGAGACUUUUUGCGGUUUUUGCGGAAGACGGCAUGA